UGGUUUAGACCCAUCCUUUGCCGAGACCAUAUCUUAUCCCCGCAGGUGGAGCAGAGGCCAAGAAGCAAGCAGGCGAAUGCCGCGGCCUACUAAGGCGGGAGGAGGACCCCGCCUCCUCUCCUAAGGAAAGAGGCAUGUGGAGGGGCUCCUGGAGGCAGCUGGGCCGCGUCAAUGGCGCCCUUGGCCUCCGGGGCCCAGCCACACAGCCUUGCCGAGGCCCAGGGCUGCACCAGCUGGCUCAGGGUCCCUGCCAAGGCGCUUUCCUUCAGCCCAGCUCUGGCAAUCGCAGAACUAAGCCAUUCCCUGUUUGCCGUUUUUAUACCACCGAGGAGGACCACAACAAGGUCUCCUACAAGGAACUCAAAGAGUUGCUGGACUCCAAGGCCAUUUCGCUUAUUGAUGUCAGGGAGAAAUGGGAGGUCGGGAAAUCUGGGGGAAUCCCUGGGUCCAUCUGCAUUCCACUGGGUGAGGUUGCAGAAGCAUUACAGAUGGACCCAGAAGAUUUUAAAGAGAAAUAUAGGCAAGAUAUGCCUUCUAAAUCAGACCACUUAGUCUUUUCCUGUCUGGCAGGAGUGAGAAGUAAGCAAGCUCUAGCUGCUGCAAAGUCUCUGGGAUUCAGCAGAGUUCGGCAUUAUGCUGGUGGCUUCAAAGAAUGGAAAGAUAUGAAUCUUCUGUGAAGAAAUGCUUUCUGGAAAAAAUAUUCAGCAUCUUGAAACUACACGGGAAUGCUGCAACACACAUUGAGGCAGAUCAGCCUAAGAUUCUUCUUAAAAUGUCUAAGGUAGAUUUUUUGAAAGGGAUCAUAUGGUAUUUAAAUUAUUAGCUCUUCCUAUGAUAAUGGUAUGUUAGUUGACUUUAAAUGGCAUGUGGGGUUCCUUCAGUCAUUACAUUAAGAUGAAAGCUAUGUAUUAUAAAAAGUAAUAGAUGAAACUAGUAAGAAAACUUACACUAAUUUUUCCAGCAGAAAUAUGUUUUUGUUCAAACAGAGAGAAGUGAAAACUACUGACUUCGACAUUAUAUCUACUGUAUAUAACUGUAGUAGCCAGUUACUAUCUUACAAAGCUACAGUUAAUGAAAGAUGCAAUCUUAUUUUAUUAAGACAGUUUCUUGUGAUUUUAUAGGUUGUAGUUCUUUUUAUAUACCUGGUUUAUGUCUUGACAUGAAUUUUUAGUUCUAGAAUAAAACCAAUCAAACUUG